AUGAUUGACUUGAGCUUCCUGACAGAGGAGGAGCAAGAAGCCAUCAUGAAGGUGCUGCAGCGGGAUGCUGCCCUGAAGAGAGUUGAAGAGGAGAGAGUCAGACGUUUGCCUGAAAAAAUUAAGGAUGACCAAGAGUUGAAGAACAUGAGUGGCCAAUGGUUUUAUGAAGCCAAGGCAAAAAGGCACAGAGACAGAAUUCAUGGUGCAGAUAUCAUCAGAGCAUCCAUGAGAAAGAAGAAGCCCCAGGUAGCAGCCGAGCAGAGUAAGGAGAGAGCAAAUGAAGCAAAGGAAAGUUGGGUAAAUAACGUCAACAAGGAUGCUUUCCUCCCUUCAGAGCUAACUGGUGCUGUGGGAGAGCCAGAAGAUGUAGCCCCAGCAAGCCCAAGUGCUAGCGUGGUCAGUCCAGCCUCAACCGUGAUGGAUAUGUCACAGGAAAACACGAGGAAGUCAGCUGUGUCUUCGGCUAAGCAAAGGAAGAAUCCAUUUAAUAGCUCCAAGUUGCCAGAAGAUCAGUUAUCUCAACAAACCAAAAGUGAGCUGUCAAAAAAUGGAAAGGGUGAUUUCUUUCAGACUCCAAAAGAAGGUGAAUUGUCAGAGUCCAAAGAAGACUCAUCUAUCCCAGAAACUUCAAGCCAAAAUUUAGAGAAAACAAAACAGACAUUUCCAGGCCCUGAGAACAGAUCUCAGGUCAAAACUCCAAUCCCCAAAGCCAGGAAAAUGCUCCCCAAAUCACAUGAGUUAAAGCUCGAUGAUAACCAGUCUUUUCCCCGACAAAGGACAGACUCCCUGAGCACAAGGGGGGCUCCCAGAGGGAUCCUGAAACGCAACUCCAGUUCCAGCAGCACAGACUCAGAAACAGUGCGUUUUCAUCAGAACUUGGAACCCAAAACCAAAAUGGUGGCCCCUGGCCUCACCAUCCAUGAGAGAAUUUCUGAGAAGGAGCAUUCUUUAGAAGGUGACUCCUCCUCAAACUCCCUGGAGCCAUUAAAGCAUGUGAGAUUCUCUGCAGUGAAGGAUGAACUCGCCCAGAGACCUGGGCUAAGCCGUGGCCGGGAAGUAGGAGAAUUCAGUGUUUUAGAAUCUGACAGGUUGAAGAAUGGAACAGAAGAUGAUGUGGACGUCGAUGAGUUUUGCAAUGACCCUCAGCCUUCCCAAUACAGGAAGUCUUUGCCUUUACAUCAGUCAGCCUCAAGCCCGACAGCAUCCAAAAAUGAAACACAUCAGCCAAUGGCUUCUGGUUCUUUUCCAGUUAAUGGACGUCAUUCUCCCUCAGAAGUUUUAGCUGCAACACCAGAGUCCAUUGAAAAUUCACCCACCAUCAAUGAACACAAAGCUAAAGAAUUAUCACAACUUGAAUCAGAAUUGUCCAAAAGCCCUGCUGACGGACUGUCUUGUGUUGAGCCUGAGCCAUUUCAGGUGCCAGAUCACAGUUCUAGAGACCGUCAGCAAGGUUCAGAAGAAGAACCCAGUCCUGUCUUGAAAACUUUGGAAAGGAGUGCUGCUAGGAAAAUGCCUUCCAAAAGUCUAGAAGACAUUUCGUCAGAUUCACCAAAUCAAGCAAAAGUAGAUAAUCUGCCAGAAGAAUUAGUACGUAGUGCUGAAGAUGAUCAAAAAGCAGAUCAGGAACCAGACACAAAUGAGUGCAUACCAGGAAUUUCCACAGUGCCUUCACAACUUGAUAAUCCAUUUUCCCACCCUGACAAACUCAAAAGGAUGAGCAAGUCCGUUCCAGCAUUUCUUCAAGAUGAGAGUGAUGACAGAGAAACAGAUACAGCCUCAGAGAGCAGUUACCAGUUCAGCAGACACAAGAAGAGUCCGAGCUCUUUAACCAAUCUUAGCAGCUCCUCUGGCAUGACGUCCCUGUCUUCUGUAAGCGGCAGUGUGAUGAGUGUUUACAGUGGAGACUUUGGCAAUCUGGAAGUGAAAGGAAAUAUUCAGUUUGCAAUCGACUAUGUGGACUCACUGAAGGAGUUACACGUCUUUGUGGCCCAGUGUAAAGACUUAGCAGCAGCGGAUGUUAAAAAACAGCGCUCAGACCCAUAUGUGAAGACCUAUUUGUUACCAGACAAGGGCAAAAUGGGCAAGAAGAAAACACUUGUAGUCAAGAAGACUUUGAAUCCUGUGUAUAACGAGAUACUGAGGUAUAAAAUCGAAAAACAAAUCUUAAAAACACAAAAGUUGAACCUCUCCGUUUGGCAUCGGGAUACAUUUAAGCGCAAUAGUUUUCUAGGGGAAGUGGAACUUGACUUGGAAACUUGGGACUGGGACAACAAACAAAAUAAACAAUUGAAAUGGUACCCUCUGAAGCGAAAGACAGCACCGGUUGCCCUUGAAGCGGAAAACAGAGGUGAAAUGAAGUUAGCUCUCCAGUAUGUCCCAGAGCCAAUUCCUGGUAAAAAGCUUCCGACAACAGGAGAGGUGCACAUCUGGGUGAAGGAAUGUCUUGAUCUACCACAGCUAAGGGGCAGCCAUCUAAAUUCUUUUGUUAAAUGUAUCAUCCUUCCAGAUACAAGUAGGAAAAGUCGUCAAAAAACCAGAGCUGUAGGGAAAACCACCAAUCCUGUCUUCAACCACACCAUGGUGUAUGACGGGUUCAGGCCUGAAGAUCUGACAGAAGCCUGUGUAGAGCUUACUGUCUGGGACCAUUACAAAUUAACCAACCAGUUUUUGGGAGGUCUUCGGAUUGGCUUUGGAACAGGUAAAAGCUAUGGUACUGAAGUGGAUUGGAUGGACUCUACUUCAGAGGAAGUUGCUCUCUGGGAAAAGAUGGUAAAUUCCCCCAACACUUGGAUUGAAGCAACUCUGCCUCUCAGAAUGCUGCUGAUUGCCAAGAUUUCAAAAUGAACCCAAAGUCGACUGGCUCCCACUGAAAACUACUAAGCAGGUGGAAUCUGAUCUUGCAAACCUGACUGUGUGGACAGAUUCUCGUCUGCUGCCUCUUGCCACUAACGGAGGCUACACAGCAUGUUAAGGUCAACCUGCAUAUGGUUCUUUGGUUAGAAGCCCCAAGAGAUUUAAGCAAGAAUAACGUGUGUAACUUACUUGUGACUUCGGCAUGAGAGAAGAUAUUUGAGAAAGUUAGGAAAAUCAAACAGUUGCUGCUGCUUCAAAGAAAAAGCCAUCAACAAAUAUUAAAUGUGGGGUGUUUUUACCCAGCAAAAUAUUCUAGUUUGCCAUCCCGUGUUUCACACCACAUGCCAUGCAGUUAGAAGGGCCUGCUUGCUACUCAGUGGUUGAAAACCCUCGCAGGAACUGAAAAUAUGCAGUUUUUGGGAAAGAGGGACAGGAAAAAAAUUCCUAGAAGGGGGGUAAAGGCAGAAUAUCCGUGAUAGUAAAGAAUUGACCAUAGGAAAACUAUUUACUCUGUAAUCUCUGUUAAAAUACGGAAUUCCGGGUUAGGGCCGGAAGACUGAAUCUAGCGCAUGUAUUCCUGCCUUUGAAAGUGCUUUCCCCUGUCCCACUGUCAAAGUCUCGUUUGUGCUUUGGUGCCACCCACUGGCUCAUCGGUGGAAUUCAGCUUUUGGCUUAAUUUUCUCCUAAGAUCUCAAGCCUGUAUUUUGUAAUAGACUGUGUAAAACUAAACCAAAAACAAAAACCUUGCAUAUAUAAGAUUCUGUUGUUCCUGUAACUCUAUGAAAUUAGCAUGAGAGUGCUCACAGAGAAGCUUUGCAAUGAAGUUUUAAUUAGAAUGUAAACUGUACUUCCUAUGUAUGUAUAAUUUCAUAAAGUAUUUUGUAAAAAUCCUUAGAGUAAAUUACUAUAUGAUUUA